AUAAUGAGUAGUAAACGUAAACGUCAAGAAGAUUUUCAGAAGGUGAAACUGAAAGUUGGACGGAAAAAACCAAGAGCGGAUCAAAUUACCGACACCACUUUUAAGUCCAAGUUUAUUCAUUUGAGCAAGCAACUAAAGGAGGACCAGUCGUCUCCUACCAAUGAACGAAAGUUAAACAUCACGGAUCUUCUCUCACAGAUGCAUCAUUAUAAUGCUGGAGUUAAGCACAGUGCCCUUGUUGGUCUUAAAGAACUUCUUUCUACCUAUCCUUCAAUAAUUGAAUCACAUAUUUCAAGUAUAAUCAGUGAGGUUGCUGCUGUAUUUACAGAUAAAGACUCAGCUGUUAGAGUAGCUGCUGUUUCUCUUUUACAAUAUUUGGUUCCAAUAAUUCCUCCUGAAAAAAUUGCCCCCUUUUUUCCUCUUGUAAGUGCCCAUCUAUCCAGUGCAAUGACUCAUAUAAUUAUGGGCAUUCAGCAAGACUCAUUACGAAUCUUGGAUAUUCUGUUAGAAGAGUAUCCAGAAUUACUUAUUGACCGCAGCAAUAUGUUGCUACACAAUUUUUUGGAGCUUAUUUCCCAUCAGAAGACCUCCAAGGAAUUUAAGAGUGCAAAUCAGAAAUCUAGUUGGACGUUGGCUGUCAGUGUUGACCAAAAGAUUAUUUCUCAAAACUGGCGAUUAAAUGUGCUCAUUAGGCUGAAAAAGUUUCUUCAUGCAUUUGCCAGACAGGCUUCAAAAAGUAUCCCAGAUGAUGAAUUUACAGAGACAUCAAACAAAAGUUUGCCCAAAAGAAAAUCUCAAGAUCUUACUUGGAUAAAGCAAACAAGUUGCAAGCAGUUUAUCAACUUAUAUGAACAUUGUGGAAGUCAGCACACCAUAGAUUCUUCAUUUCAGUUGAGGUCUUUCGUGAUGACCACAGCCAAGUCUGAUGAAUGUACUUUUUCAACCAGAAAUUUGAAAGCAUUUACUGAGACCAUAAUUCCAUUAUUGAUUGAAUGCUGGAUUGAGGAAUCGCCUAGUACAGUCAUUGAAGAUAUUUCUAAACAUUUUCUAUGUCCAUCAUCACAUCAUCUUCUGCAACAGGUUCUAAGCAUUAUUUCUUUGCUUUGGAAGCUUUGUGAACUUCAGGAUGGGCCCCAGAAAUUGGAUGGUUGGCUUCGUAGAACUUAUCUUGCAGAUUUUAAACAUCAUUUUAUGAGACAGUUUCCAUACUCUGUGCAUGAAAAUGCCAAACAGAAGAAAAAUAAAAAAAAAAGUAACAGGGAUAGUAUAUAUCUUCAAAAUGGUCUGGAUCAUCUUUUAUUAAACUUAACCUUGUGUGACAUCAUGAUCCCCCUGGCAAGUUCUCCUACUCUUCCAGAGGAUUCAGAAUGGUUAGCAGUGAUUCGAAUGUUUGUUUCUGAGAAACUGAACCAAGGGUACCAGCUAAAUUGUAAGCAACUCAAAAGGCUACUGGAUGUAACAAAUAAACUUCUGAAUAUUCAGAGAAACAGAGUGGCCACAGAGAAGUUGAUUCAUUCGGUUUAUGUAUUGUACCAGCAGAGAGAGCUGCAACUGUCAGUGCGUUCCAUGCUUCUAAAAUUCUUAAAAAAAGUAUAUCUUAAAGAAGAGGAGGUUUGUCACAAGCUUGGAAGAAGCCGAAGUAAUAUUUUGUCUCGAUGGAUCUCUGGCUUGCCUCAGCAACUUGCUAACCUUGGCUCAAGAAGUCCACAACUUUCUGCCAUUAUUAUUGAUACAAUAUACACUGCUGCUACUCGUUCACACAUUGAAUUACUUCAGAGCCUUCAAACCACAGCAUGCCAAAUCUAUGAUCCUAAGGAAGGACCUGUUGUACUGCUUCCGCCAGAGUCGCAACAACAAUUGGUGCAGCUUUUAUAUUUCUUGCCUUAUAUGUCAUCUGAUUUACUUAUUCGGUUAAGUAAGUGUUGCAUCACAGAAAGACUUUCACCCAAUCUUGGUUCCAUGCUCAUUGGAGUAUUGCAUGCAAGGUCCUCCUUUGCGAGUUGGUCAUGCUUGGCACAAGACUGUACAAUGAGCAAUCAGGACUAUUUUAGUUUUUUGUUCUCUUCUCUCAUUGGGUUUUCAGCAGAGAGGUUGUCAUGGAUGCAAGGUACAAAGCAUACUACUCGUGUCAGCAAAACACAGGUUUCACCAUUGUGCCUAUAUUUGACUGAUCAGCAACAGUUUGCUCACCACUGGAUGAUUACAAAGGCAGCUUGUUGCAGUUUGUCCUCUGUGAGUGCAAGGAGUCAGUGCUUUGAUAUCCUUCAGAAUGCAAUCAUAAAGCACUUGGGUGAAUUAACAGUCCUCCCCGACAGUACAGCUGGAUCUAUAUUGUAUGCCAUAAAUACCCUUUUUGACCAAAGUUGUGUUCCUAGUGAACGUCUGUAUACUUUUUUACCUUCAUGCUGUUACAGUAUUUUUAGCUUCUUACUUACAGUUGGAAAAGAUUUUGAGCAUCUUCCUAAAAGGGACCCUCUCUGGGCAGCUUGCAUUUCUUUGUUAUCUUUGCUCCCUAAUGUUCUGAAGUUCAUGUUGAAGAAUCUUCAAGUUAGCCGAGCCUGUCAGGAAGAGCUCCCUGUUAUUGCACAAUUGCUUCGUCUCUUACUACAAAACCCCCAACUUAGAAGUCACAUGAUGACAAACGCUUUUCUGGUGCAGCAAACCCUCCAGGAUGUUAUGAACCUGAAAUGUUGUGAAAUUCAAGAACAGUGGCUGACAGACCUUCAGUACUGCUUCAACGCGUAUCUUCCCAAACAACCUCUUGAAUCACCAUCUUUUUCUGCAGUAUACUGAAGAAAAUUACACUGCCAUAUACCUUAUAUGUGAUUGCAAGUCAUCUGAUUUGUUAUAAGUUUGAUAAAUAUUAGAUGAUGUUGUAACCACAUGUGCAUUUUCUUAAGGUUCUUUUGUUAUUUUAUUUUUUAAAAUAGGUACAGUACUUAAAGGGGUAAUGGCAGGUUCCUCUUUUAAGAGCACGGCACUAACUGCUUCUUACAAAGGUUCCCACCUUCUUCCCCCCACCCAUUAAAAGCCUGUGUCAUGCCCUGACACAGCUUAAGACAGAGUAAAGUUGAAUGAUGUCUGUCUUGGGGGCAAAGGCUUGAUAGGCUGGAGGUGUCUUUUAAAUGUUCCUUUUUAACGUCUUCUUAAAGCCCCUGCCUAUAAAGUCUUUUCACCCAAGUAAUGGAGUAAAGAGUUCUAUGCUAGUACCAAGAGAUGGUGCAUGUAAAGAAAUGAUGUGCCAGUACUUCAUAAGAUGUGUCUCCUCCAUAUGUAGCUUUUCUUCUCUCUAAGACGGCAUGCAUGUGUCUGCAGCUGCUGUAUUAUGCAAAGUUGCAGGACAUUUUCAAAAAUGAGUGAGUUGCCAUGAAACAGCCAUAAAUAUCUCUAGCUAUAUCUAAGCUCAGAGGAACACAGUGCAUUUUCUCUGAUACACACAUGGAGAAAUGGCUGCCUCCCACCCCUUGUGUGCACAUAUACUGACACUGGUACAGCAUCGACCUGUCACUGCACAAAUUAGGGAGAUUUUGGCACAGAAACACAGCAUAAACAUAGGGUGGUUUUCUGUGCAUAAAUUCUUACUAAUGGUCAGUUUAAAGGCUGAAGCAGAAGGCAGAGGAUUGCUAGUGAAAAAACACACCAUGUGUUCCUGGCCUAUGACAACAUUCACUCCCCCUUUCUGUCAGUAUCUUCGCACAGUGUCAUAGAUGAAUGUACAGAUUUACUGACUGAUUUAAACCAGUAGCGAAGCCAGAGGAGGAGCACUCAAAACUUUUUAAAGUACAAGGCUGCGACUGUCCCAAAAAUCCUAGGUUCUAUAAAGUUAAGUGACAUAUUUUUCAAUAAACUAAUUGAACUAGGGAACCAGCAGUGUGACAGCCCUGCUGUUGUAUUUGUAUAUAAAUUGCUGCCAUUACUGUUUCUUUAAAAUUGGAAAGUAUCACUAUCCUUUUAAAUGUUUUUAAAUUCGGACAUAUACAAUAUGAAAUUGGGUAAAUAGUAAAAAGAAACACAGAAUGCCACAUUUGCAGGAGUCAGUCACUGGACAAGGGCAUUCAGUGAUUGGCAUUGUGGGCAGUACACAAUGUAAUUUGGCACUACAUACUACAAUGUCAUUUGGCACUGGCAAAUCUGAAAUAUUGGGCUCCAGAUCACCCAAAAUUAAUCUAUGUGCCAUAGCUCUAAAAGGUUAAAUAAAGCUGUACUUGGUGGACUAUUGGUUUUAUAAAAGAGAAUAAUGCUCUUCUUUUUGCUUUAUAAAUUAAGAUGAUUACAAAUUGUUAACUAAAGUCAAACAAGUAUGCUAAAAAAUAAAACUUUUAUUACCCAGUUAUGCUUUGCUUAUACAUAAACAAAUAAAAAUUCAAAAGGA